AUGGUUUCGCGCUACAGCAAGAAAGGAGAGGGACAAAUAGCAUGGUGCCUCUGUACCCUACCCAUCGUUAUAUUUCCAUUUAUUGUUAUAUUUUGGUUGCAUCGUAGUUUCUCAGCCGAAGAUUUUCUUCAGCAAUCCAGAUUUCAAAGCAUCACACAGGCACCAACUAUAAGAAAAGAUUUGAGACUUGCCAAAGAGCAAAAUGAGUUUUUCGAAACGUUACUAAAUAUGACAAGGUCUCCGACUCAGCGAUCUACGGUACCUCCUGUCGUUCUCGCGAUUCACUCGGGAAAGCGAGUUACGCCGGCCGACGCCGACCCGAUCGAGUUGCAACGUGAAGAAGAGUCUUCAGAUAACGAUGGAAAGGUCGUGAUUGUAACACCUGGCCCGGACACAGUAUUAGCAAGGAAAAUAGUCUUCACCCCUAGAGAGGAAGAAAUCACAGGUCAUGAACUUCUGGCGGCAUUUUUUGAGCAAGUUGUUCCAGAUAACAUGGCAGGGAAACUAAACGUUCAUACAUGGCAAGGUAUUUGCGGCCCGUACGUUGAACAGCUUCGCCAUUCUCCAUUAUUUCCUCGCUUUCCUUUCGUUAGAAAAUUUCUGGAUCAAUUUAAAUCGCAUCAGGAGGGCAGCGAUUUUGGAGAGAGGAUCUUCGGGUUCAUUCACCCGGAAAAGCAAGGCUUUCACGAGUUCGCGAUCACUUCCGACGAUACAUCGGAACUGUGGCUUAGCACCGACAGCAAUCCGAAAAAGUCCCGACUUAUCGCCGCAGUCUAUUCGGCAAAUGGCGCAGCGUGGACAACACCGUAUAAUUAUAAAAAGUUUCCUGUCCAAGUUUCAAGGAAGAUUGCUCUGAAGUCUUCCAGAAAAUAUUACAUUGAAGCGCUCCAUAAACAAUCAAAGGGUCGUAGCCAUGUUCAGAUAUUCUGGAAAGAACCAGAUGCAAAAACAUUUAAAAUUAUUCAAGGCAAGUACUUAUCUCUGUAUGUGGACGAUCGAGAUAUGCACGAAGAAGGGAUUGUCGAAGAAAUUGAUUUUCACAGCUAUGCGCCACCGGGAAUUCCUAGCCAUUCCAAAAGAAAAUUAGAUCCCAGCGUUGAGAAAUUCCUGUAUAGAUGCUAA